AAUUAUGUCAGUUAAUUGUGCAUUUAGUAAAUGUUUCCAAAGCUUUGUACACAUGCAAGACAUUGUCAAAAUCAUAUAUAAACUAAGUAUAUUGUGACUCACAGGGGAUUAAUUGAGAAAGUAAUUUCGGCUCUUGUAACCAACCAGAAGAUGAUACAAUAAAUCAGCCAAUCAGAAAAGGCAAGUAAAAAAAAAAACACCUUUCAGUUCCAAAUCAGGUUCUCGUCAGUACCAUAUAAGGAGGCGCUUUGGCUUUUUCGGAAUCAGUUUACUCAUUGAAUUUACAAUGUCUGGACGCGGUAAAGGAGGCAAAGGACUAGGAAAAGGCGGAGCAAAAAGGCACCGUAAAGUGCUCCGCGAUAACAUCCAAGGCAUUACUAAGCCGGCUAUUCGGCGCUUGGCACGUAGGGGAGGUGUCAAGCGAAUCUCCGGACUUAUCUACGAGGAGACCCGCGGAGUGCUCAAGGUCUUCCUGGAGAAUGUCAUCCGAGACGCCGUCACCUACACUGAGCAUGCCAAGAGGAAGACCGUAACCGCUAUGGAUGUGGUGUAUGCUCUGAAACGCCAGGGCCGCACUCUCUACGGCUUCGGGGGUUAAGCAUUUUUUCCCCAUUCACACA